ACAGCAGGCCUCCAAUCACCUAGAGGUGGUUUUCAGGAGGGUCCUGUCAAAAAAUAAAAGCCUAGAAUAUACAUUGAAUGUCUAAAAUACAGAAGUUGAUUAUCAUGAUAGUUGCUGAGAAAGUGGUAAAUUGAGAUAUCAAAGUAUCACUCAAAUCCUCAGGCGUAUAGCAUGGAAAGGUAUACCUCAGAAUAGCAAGUUAUCACAAAAUGCAUCACUCUCAUUCUCAAAUCUCAGUAUCAUGUAACGAAGAAGAAUAGUUUGAUAUAUCACGAAAGUAUCAAAAUCGCUUAGUUUCACUGCUGUUUGCUUGCGGUUGGGUACUUUGACAAAUGCAAAAUUGCCAAUUAUUCUACUCAGUCUAUAGAUAGCCAUAACAUUUCGCAACAAAGCCACUCAAUAAAUUAUACAGGGAGAAUAUUUCGCAGUUACUGAAAUUUCAUUAACGUCCAAGUAGUCACCCAAUAUAUUAUACGGAGAGAAUAUUUCCCAGUUACUGAGAUUUCAUUAACGGCGAACUAGUCACCCAACGUAGUAUGCCGAGCAAUGUGACUCUUUCUCCUCAAAUCCGCCCGAAUGUCAUAUCACUCUGCCUAGCCUGAAUACAUAUAUCACUCCGCUUAGCCUAAAGAUCACUCCAGUUAGCCUAAAUAAGAAAUCCUGCCUCACCUGCAGCUCAGCUGUUCUCGCCGACAUCUUGAAUUACCGCUGGCUGACUUCAAACAGGGCAGGCUCACUUCCAAACACCCUAGCUACUACCACAACUUCGGACCCCAUUUUCAAACCUUGCCACUCUAUGCACAAACUCCACACUGACUCCAGCGCGAACUCUGUGUCCUCUACAAGGAAUCGCACAGUUUGUUAAUCUCAUCCAUGCAAACCCACCCUCUCUAUAGGCCUUCGAAGUUGGCCUCUUACGCUACUUACCAGCCCUCCUCGGUCCUAGGCCCCAGACUCCCCUUCAAUGGGCCCUUGUUUCAUGUUUACUCGAAUUGCACUGAGACUGCCACGUCGAAUAACGCCAUUUCCUACCUCCACCUUCGACCAGCUGCAACUGAUUCUUCCUCCUCCUCCCAACAUGCACUCAAUAGUUUCCUACCGUCUAUCUUCCUCCGACGAAUCAAGCUCAGAUGAAUCCGAAAACGCAGAAUUCGUUCAGCUUUCUCCGACCAAGAAAUUCUGCACGGGUACACAUCAAAUAUCCUUCCAGCAACAAGACCAGCCAGAGGACGACGACGAACGACAAGAAGAAGAUGAACGAGUAGUAGUAGAAGAAGAACAAGAAGAACAAGAACAAGAAGAAGGAGAUGAUGAUGAUGAUGAACGAGAAGAACAAAGAUCCGCAGAAGAACGACAACAAGGCCAAGAAAUUGCAGCUCACACAGCCAAUAUUCCUAUCAGCAAAGUCCCGAAACAAUCAUAUGCCCUCGACCAGAAAGAAUUGCCGGGAGAAAUGAAAAACUUUCUACGGGAAGUCAAACGUUUUUUCACCCGUCAAGUCAACCUGGAGAGACAAGCGAAACCAUUGGCAAUCUCCACGUACCAGAAAGCACAGGAGAGGAUGUUGUGUUUCCUAGGAUUUUUAAGGACUCGCCUCCGAGUGGAAUUACAACCAAACGUUUUCCUUCGUGGAGCACUCUUGGAAUCUUAUCUGGACUAUCUUAAGGAACACAGGAACCUGUCACCAGCAACCAUAUCAAAUCACUGCUCUUCGCUAUUGUAUGCGGUCAAAUUCCUCCACCGGGACAGCGCUCCAGAGUACCGGGACAUUUCUGUCAUCAAGCAGCUGAGAACUCAGGCCACACUUCUCCAGCGUCAAGGCGAUUUGGAACGUCCCCAGACCAAGGAAGAGCUGACGGUUCUGAACCGUUGGCUUGACUGGGAGCAGAUUGUCAACGCUUGCAGUGUGCAGAGAGAUUAUUUUGAGAUGGCUGUCAACAAACGGGAGAAGGCACGCGAAUGUUGUGACCUGGUUAUUUUGGCCUUGUACGUUUUCAUCCCUCCAGGCCGGGGUGUCGAGGUUCGUACCCUGGAGAUUCAAAGAAACUGGCAGCAAUUUCAUCCUAAUCAAGUCAAAGACAGAAAUGUCCUCCUGGUGAAGGAUUCAGAAGAGGUCACACUUUACUUCCACAACUAUAAAACUGCAAAGUUCUUUGGCCGCCAGGAGCUGACUUUGAAGGCAGAUCAUGAAUUGUGCACAAUACUGCUGGACUUUGUGAACAAUCACCGUCCACAAUUGGUUGGCAAGGAAAGUGGUGACAUCUUGCUUCUGAACAGAAACGGAGCAAGGUUCACCAGCUCCUCCUUUUCAGCGCACAUUAAGAACCUUUUCCACAAACUGACAGGAACUGUGGUCUCCGUCAACAUGAUUCGAAGUUCAUUUGUGACCUGGGCUUAUGGAAAAGACGACACUUCAGAUGCCCUCAAAGCUUCACUGGCUUCUGCCUUAGGCCAUUCAAGGGAACAGGCUGAGAAAACAUACGACCGACGAACGGCAAAUGAACGGAAAGAAUGUGCUGUACGUGUAGCCAGAGAAUAUGCCCAGGAAAUCAUCUCCAAUCCAGAUAUGGCAGAGACCACAGGUACCAACACUCCUAAUGUGCAACCACCAGCGGCUACCAACAUAAAGCCGGCCCAAUUUGUAGGGUUGAUUGAAGAAGACAGCACACUAAGAAGUCCCAAAAUUCUGAUUGGCCAGGUGCAUUCUUUUCUAGCUAAUGGUAAGGUCUCCCUGAUUUGGUACAAAGCCUACAAGAACUACUUCAAACUUGAACUAGAUGGCGAACAAUGGAUCGAAGAUGUCAAUUGUCUCGUGCCCGUAAGCAUGACACCUGUCAGGAAUAAACCGGGACUUUAUCGUUUGAAUAACAGCUUGCGAUCCAUUCACAAAUCCUUAACAGAUGACUAGCCACUGAACAGUUUGAACUUUUAACUUCAUUGCUUCUAGUGCACAGUUCAAUAUAAUUUUGUUAUCAACCGCCAGUUUCUCAUAACAUUGAAAAACUAUUUUUUUUGACAAAGAAUCCAACGAAAAGCAUUGUAAACAAAUGACCAGUGCUAUGAGAACUUGCGGUUGAUUAACUGCCAUUUUGCAUGAGAUGAUAUUGGUAGAUUGUUAUCAAGAUCCAAUUUCUCAUAACACCGACGAUUGAUCUUUUUUAGUCUUUUGAAAAUCACUCGCAGCAUAGUUUUAAAACAAGCAUAGACAUUGAUGUUUGGAAUGUUUUGGUGAAAUGUUAUUGGAAAAUUAUUUUUUUUAUCAGAGAAUGUCAAAUAUUAUUGGAAAAUUAUUUUUUUAUCAGAGAAUGUGGAUAAAAGCUUGCAGGAAUUUCCUGUGUUAUGAGAACUUGGGCUU